AUGAAACUGAAAGGUAGGACAUCUCCUUUAACCGCCAAUAAAAAAAUGGCCCCUAGAUCCUCAAACCAGUUUCGAAUCGGCCCACCGUUUGGUCCUACAGAGGUGGUAAGGUCUAUUGUGGACGAGAAUACCGCACCGAUCACACCGUUAAUUUCCGCCAGAAUCGACCGAGGUUUCGACAUGAUUGAUGGCGGUUGGGUCGGCUAUAAGCGGAACUACUUCACUCUAGUGGCAUGUUUUCGUUUUGUAGACCAGCCUUUAGAUAUCUGCCUGAAAUCACGUUUUUUUUUUAAGGAAUCUGGGUCCUUGGUAAAAAUUAAAGCGUUCAAGCUCUCACUUCGUCAUACGUGCUUGGAUCAAGAGAAUUUCAGAACAACUUUGGUGCAACACACUGCCAAGAGGGAUAGAGGCCCACAAUUCGAGCCUCCCGAGUACCUCAUUAUUCCUGGUGAGUUACCUGCCCACGAAAUCAUGCGGGAGCUGGCCAAUAUUCGAAACGGGCCAAAAAUCUCUUUCUACGAUAGCUUGUUCUACUUGCUGGGCGAGGAGCGACAGGUGUCUAUCGACAACAACACUGGCAUCCUAUCCACUUACCCAAAAGAAAGUCGGAUUGCGAUGAUUGCACGCUAUGAAAGAAUUCAAUUCCAGACCUUUCCUAUUGGAUCGAAACGGUUUGGCGCCACAGGUCAGGACCUGACUUUCUUAGUUGUUCAGCUCAUGGGAGUAAAGGAGAAUGGAACAGAAGUGCUCUUAGCAACCACAACAACGGCACCUUUAACCGUAAGGGGUCGUUCUCCACUGAAUUAUACAGGUAUCAGCAUUGGUAAAGUCGCCAGAGCGACUGAGGACCCCUGUCACCAAGAUGAGAAUAUUGACACCAAACUCAAGCGGAGGAGCAAAUAUAGGCACGAAAACGAUAAUAGCGGGGAUUAUGAUAAGCAUAAUCAGGAGAAAAGGCGAAAGGUCCUUAGUGAUAAAACUGGAAAGAUUCUUCAACGGAAUCGUGCAUUGGAAAAUCAUGCUGCUUCUCUGUUUGAAAGCUCACUCAUUAAGAGUGGCCACCAAACCGUUACCGUCUCGUCCAUUUCUGCACCACAAAGAACCAUUCAUCCAGAGUCGUACUCCUCUCUGGUUUCUCCAACACAGAGAUUCGUCAAAGCUGUACGAAGGACCAAAGCUAAGAAGUGUUUUCCUUUACCUUUUGUCGGCUGCGAAAUAUCUUCAGAUCUAGACUCCUACUCAGGCUCUCCUUCGAGAAGAGAUGUUGAAUCUUACUCAGGAGAUUCAGGAGCUGAUAAUUACGAUAGUCUUCAAUCAAAAAGCUCCUAUGUUAUCAGGUUACCCAUUGGCCAGAUGAAUUGUGCAAAAAUCGCUUUGGUGGAGGAUUCUCAGGAUAAUUCUUUGCAUAACCUUGACCCUGUCCACGACGUCAUUGAAAUUUUGUCUGAUGAUGAAACACUCAAUGGGCCAUGCAAUGCAAGAGAAAGUCAUUCUGAAUCAGUAGAUGACGCCGUUGACCCGUUUUUUGAAUUACACGAUCUCGCCAUUAACUGCCCUUUGGGCUGUUUCCCAUCAUUUCCAGCGUCAAAUAAUGAUUUCUUUCUUCAAACUUCUACGCCCUUCUUACGAAAGUCACUUGAUAUUGCUCACGGCGAAGUGCAAAAAUAUGCUCUCUGCAAGCAUGGGUUCAAACGAACAGUGAAACGUACGGUUUCGAGCAGAUCCUAUGGAUCUGAAGAUCUUGUUUCCGACAACUACGACUCCAGCUUUGUGAGAUUCAGAAGUUGUUUGGACAACAUUAAGAAAGCCAUCCGCCUUCCGGAAAUAGCGCUGUCUUCAUUAACUUCGUUAGACUCUUCGCACAGUCAGUGCAAUGUUCUGUGGGAAGAUCUGCUCGUUCGUGAGGCCGUCAAGGUUGCACAUCUUGUGUAG